UCCCUCGGCGGCGGCGCUCCAAUGUGGACGGCACGCGGGGAUUUUCUUCUUUUUAAGGGCAGUUAUUAGUCUCCUGCUGCCGAUGUUUGCUGGGCACGUGCCAGGAAUGAGGGUUCGGGGGUCUGCAACCAGAGAGCCAGCGAAGAAUGUGGAGCCUUCUCAUUUGGAGUUAAAGAUAGAGGCAGCGCGGCCGGGCUCCUGGCUGACAAGUUUCUGGUUUCAGACAUCCCACUACUCGUCCAUGUGGGUAAAAUCUGCUUUUUCAGAAAGCAGUCUGUGUUGCAGACGAUUGUUUUCUCGGAGGAGGACCGGGCUUUGCAAUAACAACCAUGGUGCUUUAUGAGAGAAUGAUUGAAGACUUUGGGCAGCGCGGUGACAACAUGGCAGAUCGAAGGCAACUGUUGGUGGAGAUGAGGGCUCAAGAUCUGGACUCCAUACGACUGUCGACGUACAGGACGGCCUGCAAGCUGCGAUUUGUGCAGAAGAAAUGCAACCUGCACCUGGUCGACAUUUGGAACGUGAUCGAGGCUUUCCGAGAGAACGGCGUCAACGCCAUGGACCUCGGCGACGAGCUCCCCGCGGCUCGUCUGGAAGCGGUGCUGUCCACCAUCUUCUACCAGCUCAACAAGCGCAUGCCCACCACGCACCAGAUCGCGGUGGAACAGUCCGCCGGCCUGCUGCUCAACUUCCUGCUGGCGUCCUAUAACCCGGAAGGCCAGGGCAAGAUGUCUGUCUUUGUUGUGAAGAUGGCGCUGGGAACCAUUUGUGGAGGGAAAAUCCUGGAUAAAUUGAGAUAUAUUUUUUCCCAGAUAUCCGAUUCUGCAGGAACGAUGGUCCACUCGCAGUUCGACCAAUUUCUGAGGGAGGUGCUCAAAUUACCCAUGGCGGUUUUCGAGGGGCCGUCAUUCGGCUACACCGAACAAGCUGCGCGAACGUGCUUCCCGCAGCAGGCUCAACAGCAGCGGAUCCCCACGGACCUGCCGUGCUCGCUGGAUGCCAACACGCAGCAGAGGCAGCUCAUCGCCGAGCUGGAGAGCAAAAACAGGGAAAUCCUGCAGGAAAUCCAGCGCCUGCGCGUUCAGCACGAGGAGGCCUCCCAGCCGCCGCCUGACCGGGGUCAGCAGAACCCGACUCUACUGGCCGAGCUUCGGCUUCUCAGGCUGCGCAAAGACGAGCUUGAACAUAGAAUGUCUGCUCUGCAGGAGAGUCGCAGGGAACUCAUGGUGCAGCUGGAGCAGCUAAUGAUGCUCCUCAAGUUGGAGGAGGAGCGGAAACCCGCUACUCAGGGCCCCGGCUCGCCGCGCUCUUCCCCCGGCCACGGCGCCGGCCGGCAGAUCCCCGCGCCCGUCCACUCGGACUCCGCCGGCACCACUCCGACUCACGCGCCUCAGGACUCGCUCAUGGGCGUGGGGGGGGACGUUCAGGAGGCCUUCGCUCUGGGUCCCAGGAGGAACUUGAGGAACGACCUACUCAUCGCUGCUGACUCCAUCACCAACACGAUGUCGUCGCUGGUUAAAGAACUCAAUUCAGAAGGGGGAAGUGAGACCGAGAGCACCUCGGAUUGCGAUUUUGGACGUGCCGACUUGUUCUCCGAACCCUCUUCAGAUCCAUUCUUCACGUACAAAUCGAGGAGUGCCAGCGCAGCGGAGGACCGGUUCGAGAGCGACCUGGAGCGGCAGCUGGAGGACGAGCUCGCGCUGGAGGAGCUGACGGAGCGCCGGCGCGGACCGGACAAGGCCGGCACGAUGAGAAAUAUGAAAAGCAACAAUAGUAGAAGACACUGGACGAGGCGACGCUGGGCCGACGGUACCGAGCACUGACGACGAGAAGAAUUUAAUUUGAAUAAAUGGCUGAAUUCAACCUUUGAGAAUACAUUUAUGUAAAGGUAUAUUUUUAAGGUAAUACUGUGAGCCAAUGUAAAGAGAUUAAUUCGCAAGCUGUCUAUUACACCACAGGUGCCAUGGAAAGAAACACAUGACUUCUUUUUGCCUUUUCUUAUAUGAGUUGUCCAGCAAAUUUACAACCACACGGUUAAUCCGAUUCUUUCAAAUUUCCAUGUUCCCGAAAACAUUGAACCAGGUCAUAAGUGCUUGUUUGUCUUCUGAUUUAAAGUAUAAACCUGUGUGGGAGUUGAAGUUACAGAAGAUACAUUUUGCAAUAUUUAAUAAAUGUACAACCACUGGUCCUUACAUUUCUUACAGUUGCUGUCAAGUUGCUUUUGUGUUGGGUUUUUUUUGCAUUUUUUUGGAGCAGCCAGAUCAAAUCUGCUUGUUUUAUUUGAUACCUUAGUGGUAAUAAUGCACACAUGCCUUAGCAGAUUGGAAAACAGAGCUCAUUCAAACUGUCAAUGCAGCAUGUAGCUGACAACAAAACAAGCAGCUGCGCUGGUUGUCUUUACCUGACAAAGAAGGUCAAAUUAAAUAAAUCUCAUGCUGGGAAGGGAUUUUGUCUGCAAACAUGUACACUGUCUAUUAAGUUAAAUAUACAUAUUGGUUCUGAUAUAAAGUGUUUUAAGAUAGUGACAACAUGGUUGAGUUGAAUUGUAACAUCAAUGUUUUAUGAAAUGAAGGUUCGCUCAUUUGCCAUCGUUUCAUUUGCUAGCGUCACUGCUCUCACACACACACAUCGAUCUGUGGCUCUCUCACCAAACACGCACACUCUUGAUGUAUUUCCUGAGUGCGCGUGGAACUUCACUCAGUCACUUUGGGAAAGCCAAUCUAAAAUGUGUGAAAUAUAGUUUGAUUUUUUUUUUUUUAGCAAGCAGUGAUUUCUGCAUGGUGGUGAUGCACAAUAAUAAAGUGUUGACACAAUAUCACA